AUGUCCAAGCCGGUGAAAGCCGAGAUGGCCCGCAGGUCUCAGCAGCAGCCACCGGAGACUGACUGGUGGCAGAUGGCCCCGAAACCUCAGCGUGUGGUCCGUAAACGCCGUACACCUGAAAAACCUGCUGCAGCUGCACCUGAACAACCUGCUGCAUCUGCACCUGAACAACCUGUUGCAGCUGCACCUGAAAAACCUGUUGCAGCUGCAUCUGAACAACCUGUUGCAGCUGGAUCUGAACAACCUGUUGCAGCUGGAUCUGAAAAACCUGUUGCAGCUGCACCUGAACAACCUGUUGCAGCUGGAUCUGAACAAACUGUUGCAGCUGCACCUGAACAACCUGUUGCAGCUGCUGGACUUCCAGAUGUUCAGUCUGCCAAUGAGAAGAAGCAGCAGGUCGCGGAAGGAGACCGCCAUCGCAGUCAAGACUGCGGGUUCCCGAUGUCACAGUCCGAGUUUCAGACAAUACUGGAAGACAAGGACAAACGCAUCCAGGACCUGGAAAAAUUUACCAGGAAAAUGUCUGACGAGAUCGUGUAUCUGAGAGGAGAACAACACAAAGAUUCUCUCGUGGAGGAGGACUUGUACCGCGAAAGGGAGCAGAGAGAGUUCGCGGAGAGAUUAUGGACAGAGCAACGGCAGGAGAUGAGCGACAUGUGGGCGGUGAUGGACAAGUUACUCGCUCAGCUGCAAAAUAAGAAUAAGGAGUUGAUGGAGGUGAAAAAACAGCUCAAAUCCCAACAAGCUCAAAAGGAGAAAGAAGUGGGUGAAAAGGCCAAGUUGCGCAUAGAUGCGACCAAAAAGAUCCACGAGCUGCAGGCGGCCGUCUCAGCUGAGAGGACUUGCAGAGAGCAAGCCGAGGAAAACUGGACCCAGAGAGUGGAGGAAACGGAGGCUGCUCUGAUGCAGAUGAAAGAGGAGAAAGAGACUGCUCUGCUGCAGAUGAAGGAGGAGAUGAGCAACCAGGAGCGCCAGUGGGCGCAGGAGAAGUCCCUCCUCCUGGACGAGAUCUCCAACAUGAAGGAGGAGAUGGGCAACCAGGUGUGCCAGUGGGCGCAGGAGAAGUCCCUCCUCUUGGAGGAGAUCUCCAACAUGAAGGAGGAGAUGGGCAACCAGGUGUGCCAGUGGGCGCAGGAGAAGUCCCUCCUCUUGGAGGAGAUCUCCAACAUAAAAGAGGAGAUGAGCAACCAGGAGCGCCAGUGGGAGGAGGAGAAGUCCCUCCUCCUGGCUGCGCAGGUAGAGACAAGCUUCCAGCUGAAGGUGCAGGUGCAGAAGGCGCAGGAGGUGCUGCACAACGAGAUGCAGCUGUGGAGCAGAGAGAAGUCCUGCCUCCUGCAGGAGAUCUCUGACAUGAAGGAGGCUCUGCAGAUGACGGAGCAGGAGAAGAAGGCUUCCACCGAGGCCCUGAUGGGCCAGAUUCACAGUUUGGAAGUGCAGUUGGAGAACACAAAGAGAGAGAAACAGAAGAAGAAGGGACCCAUCAGGAGUUUCUUCCAGAAGUUUAAGAAGAGUGCAGAGACCCCUCCCCAGUCCAACUCUUCUUCUGAAACUCCUGAAGCCUAG